GCUGGCUCAGACCUAUCCGCCUUUGCUGGGCUGUUGGUUUGCACACCUUCUCAAGAAGGCCUUGGCUGCCAGGGAGCUUGCUCUUCAUACCUCAUCGCCCGUUCCCAUGGCGGUGCAUCACUCAGACCUGCCGCACUUGUUGCAACAAGUGGAGCGUGCAAUGGUGCAAACUGCGCAGUCUGGUCCGCGCUUUGUGCCAUGGGGGGCUGGGGCCAUUGAAGGCUUGACACCUGUGCAGCAUGUCUAUUUUGCCAUCAAAGUGCAGCAUCCAGCAUGUGAAGCAAUUGUGAUGGAGCCUGACCUUGAGGAAGCCAUCACCUUCGAGCUUUCCCUGUCGAGUAGUGAGAUUGAUGCAUUUAGGCAGAAUCUCCUGCAGCGCUUUUUGAUGAUUGCAGCAGAAUUGGAGCCCGUGCAGCACACCUGGGCCAUGCAAGCUCCCGCAAACUUGCAGCAGCUGGUGGCCCGGAUUCAUGGUCCUUUGUGGCAGUGCUUGUGUCAUGAGCUUCACGUUGAUGGGUCUUUAUUUUUAACAGCUUUGCAGCAAGGUUUUCCGUUAGUGGGCUGCCUUCCACCCUGUGAAGGGUAUGCUACAGCUUCCUGCUCCAUACCUUUACUUUCUGUGGAGGAGUUGAGGACGGGCCGUGAAGUUUUCAAUGACCGGGUUCUUCUGUCUCUAGUUGAAUUGCCGCACAGUUGUGAUAUUUUGGAGCAAACUUUGGAAGAUUCAGAAAGUGGCUUCAUGUCCUCACCGCGGUUACUGGUGCCGGGUGACUUGGCCAACAAGUCCUUGACCAGGCGUAUACCAGUGCGGGAAGAAAGAUCGACUGGAUGGCGCACCCGCAUUGUUGACCAUGAAACUGAGAGUGGUGUUAAUACAGCGACCGCACCGGUCGACAAAAUCCACCACGACUCAAUAGACUCGCUGGUCUCCAUUCUGCAGAAGUUCAUGAUGCAUGGUACGACAGCAGAAAUGUGGAAAAGAGAUAUUUCAAAGGCUUUUCGAAGAGUUCCUGUGGCGGCUGAGCACCAUGAGUUUGCAUGGACGGUGUGGAAGUCUCAUGGACAAUUAUGGAUCUCACAGCAUUUUGGGAUGCCAUUUGGCACGGUGUCAGCCGUGUAUGCAUGGCACCGUGUAGGUCACAUGAUGUGGCUGAUUUUGGUGCGCCUCUUCAAAGCCCCUGCUUGCCGCUAUGUGGAUGAUUAUUUUGGUGCCUCCAAAACAGGAGUAGUAUUCUCGGCAGCCAAGGUGCUGACCAUCAUGUCCCGGCUGCUUGGCUUCCCAACAGAUCAUGCCAAAGAUGACGAUGCAACCUGGAACCUGGUGGUGCUGGGCGCCCUAGUGAGUGUUUCCUGGGCUGAGCAGAAGGUCUUUACACGUGUAAAUCCUGACAAAGCAAAAAGAUACCAAGCUGUUUUGCAGCAGAUGCUUGACAGCAACGUGCUGACUGCAGGAGAUGCUUCUAAGAUGGCAGGCAGAUUGAGUUUUUCGGUCACUGCAUCAGGGAAUAGAGCUGGCCGUGCCUACAUCAAGCCUUUUUAUGCUCAGGCAGCUUUGUUACUGGUGGCUCAUGGCUUUCAAGACCCCAGUCACCUAGUUGGAGUACGUUCACAAGACGUGAGCAAACUUUCAACCAGCCCCAAGCUACGGGCGCUGAUGAUGUCAGCGGUGGAAGCUCUCAACGUGGCCAAGCAGCCCACGCAGGCGGAGUGUCAGUCCCCCUCUCAAGUUUCUGGGGAGGUAGUGGCUCAAAAUUUGGUCUCUCUUCGAAUAGAUGAGCCUGUGCCAGUGUCUCAAGGAGGCCCUCUGCUGAUGUGUAAGAGCCUGGCGCGGUUGCCCAAAGAAGAAGCGCGUGAGCACCUCCAUGCUGGUGUCGCAAGUCUCAAACUUCAAACUCGCAAAGGGUCCUUGAGGAGUGUAGCAUCUGGCCUACGCCUCUGGCAUGUUUUUGCCACCACGUUGCUGGGAUACAGUGAACAUGCUUCUUUGCCACCGAAAAGCGAGACUGAC